AUGAGUUGGGAGCCAUCAGGGCCUCAGGCCGGGCCAGUGACUAGAGCUUCAAGUCUGCAGCGGAAGACGUCAACGCGCAAAGGAUCCAGUGGCAGCCGCAAGACAACCGCCUCAUCGAUCAGUCCGUCGGCUCACUCACUCACACCACCGAGCUUGCUGGACUCCACGCUGAACUUACCCAUCGACUUCAUCAGUGACCAGGCUUCUUCAUCUGGAGGGGGCAGGAGGCAAUCUUCAAUAGCAGCUUCAAGCCCCGAUCCGUUCCCGUAUUUUGUCAAAUUCUCUACCGGCCCGGUGGAAUCGAUUCAUCUCAGCAAGUGGAUCACAGAUCUGGAGCUCAUGCACCACUACUCGACGACAACGUCCCUCACGAUGCCGAGGUCAUCGGAUGCGAGCAACAUCUGGCAGUUUGAGGUUCCGAAGUUGGGCCUUACCUACAUGUUCCUGAUGCACCAAGUGCUGGCCAUCAGCGCCCUACACCUCGGCCACUUACACCCAGAGCAACGCGAAUCUUAUGCGCUACACGCCUCACAACACCAGAACGAUGCAAUUGCUGGCAUGCGUGAGACUCUCACCCAAAUCACGCCCGAUAACUGCCACCCCCUCUUCGCAGGCUCUUCAUUGCUGCUCAUCAGCGCAUUUUCCACGUUCCCUUAUCAGAGGAGCGGCCCCCAAGGACACCAGGCGCCAACAGUCGACGACGUUAUCGACGUCUUCUUACUUGUGAGAGGCAUGAGUAACAUUCUGUCCUCGUCACAACCCAUCAUUCAAGCGGGGCCUUUCAAAAACUUCUUCCAUGAAGUAGUCACGCCGGCAUCUACUCCACUACUAGACGCCGUCAAACAACACCUAAAUACCUUCGCCGCCAAAUUACCAAAUACAGAGGCCGACCAGUUCAGUAAAGACAUUGUCGCUCGGGAAACAUCAAAUUUGUUGGAAUGGAUCGACCACGCCACCAACACUACAGCGUUCCCAGAGUUGCGGGUUGGUUUGACAUGGCCCACCAGUCUAUCGGAGGAGUAUAUGCAGCUCAUGCGGAAUCGAGACCCAGCCGCCUUGACGUUGCUAGCCUACUACUCCGUCGCUGUCCACUCAACGGAGAACAGCACGUGGUUCAUGCAGGGAUGGGGCGUCAACGCGGCUCGGGCGAUAGUGUGCGAUCUAGAUGCGAGCUGGAAAGACAUGAUACAGUGGCCACUGGCCUUCAUCAGUGACCGGACGAUACAGCUUUAG